AGCGCAGUGUGCCAGCUACAGGCAGCAUACACACACUACUGUACAUUGAUGGAGCCGAUUUCUGUGAGUCCGGCAGAGCCCUGUGAGAAAGCCACGCUGCGGGUCUGAACCGAUGCUGCGAAAUUACAACGCCGGAUGAUGGCAACUCUGGCCACGGCUUGUACGUAACCUUCAUGUCCUACAGAGCAGCUCGGAGGACGGUGAAUGCCAAACUGAAGGAAUGUGCCGUUUCUGUGACAUGGUCUGGUAAAGUAACAGGUCAGUUCAGAUGGUGAAGGCUCUGCCACGAAGUUUACGCGCUGAAUUCGGAAUUACCGGCGACGAGGAAGGUUUCUACUUCAAUGAAUGACGCCGUCCCUUCAUAGGUUCCGUGUGCGUACAGGCUGUAUUUAUAAAUUGGAAGAAGUAGGCUACUGACUAUUAAAAUUAUCCUGAAAGGGACAGUUUGACCUGCUCGAGCAUUUGGAAACAUUUCUUACCCGCUUUGGAACUGAAGCGAGUCCAGCGCAUCAGUUAAAGCCCAGAAGACAGCAGCAGCGUUGGAGGGAACAGGAUAGGGAUAACCAGGAGAUUCACUUUAAAUGAAGAGAAACAUGUGAAAAACCUUGUGAAGCUUGACCUGCAAGAUAGCCUUCAGCAACACAAAGGCAAAGGUCUUCUCCACGUAUUCAUUACAUCCAUUCUCUCAACUCCCUUAGCGAUUUCCUUCCAGGCCUGUUAAACAUGGACGGCCAGCAAGCAUUUCGCAGAACUUUAUCACUUAACCCUAAAGUGGGACCAGUGGCUGCUCUACUAGGCUUCUGGCUCAUAGUAAUACCUGCCUUAUCCAAUGGGCAGACUUUCACUAGUUUCCACCCUGAACGUCGGGACUGGGUAUUCAACCACCUGACAGUUCACCAAACCACAGGCGCUUUGUAUAUUGGAGCAGUCAACCGUGUGUACAAGCUCUCAGGCAACCUGACUCUUCUAGUCUCCCAUGACACAGGCCCAGAGGAUGACAACAAGGCGUGCUACCCUCCUCUGAUUGUCCAGCCUUGUUCUGAGCCCCUUGUCUCAACCAACAAUGUCAACAAGCUUCUCUUAAUUGAUUAUUCCCAAAACCGGUUGCUGGCCUGUGGCAGCCUGUAUCAGGGAGUCUGUAAACUCCUCAGAUUGGAUGACCUCUUUAUCUUAGUGGAGCCUUCCCACAAGAAAGAACACUACCUCUCUAGUGUAAACCAGACUGGGACUAUGUAUGGGGUCAUUGUGCCUUCGCAGGGCCAGGAUGGGACCCUGUUUAUUGGCACAGCGGUAGAUGGCAAACAGGACUACUUUCCUACAAUCUCCAGUCGAAAGUUGCCCCGUGACCCAGAAUCCUCUGCUAUGCUUGACUAUGAAUUGCACACAGAUUUUGUGUCCUCCCUCAUAAAGAUACCAUCAGACACACUGGCACUGGUCUCUCACUUUGACAUCUACUAUGUUUAUGGCUUUGCCAGCGGCAGCUUUGUUUACUUCCUGACUGUUCAGCCCGAGACACCAGAAAACAGCAUGUCGUCAAGCGGAUCUGGCAGUGAUCUGUUCUACACUUCUCGCAUUGUUCGCCUCUGCAAAGAUGACCCCAAGUUCCACUCCUAUGUUUCCCUGCCUAUUGGCUGUGUGAAGAGCGGUGUUGAGUACCGGCUACUGCAGGCUGCCUACCUUGGCAAGCCAGGACGUGUUCUCGCUGCAUCACUCAAUAUCAGUGCCCACGAUGAUGUGCUCUUCACCAUCUUCUCUAAGGGCCAGAAGCAGUUCCAUCGCCCACCAGAUGACUCAGCGCUCUGCGUCUUCACCAUUCGUGACAUCAAUGCACGAAUUAAGGAGCGCCUGCAGUCCUGCUACCAGGGAGAAGGAAACCUGGAACUUAACUGGCUGCUUGGGAAGGAUGUGCAGUGCACAAAAGCGCCGGUGCCCAUUGAUGACUCCUUCUGUGGUCUGGACAUCAACCAGCCACUUGGCGGCUCUCAACUAGUGACUGGCCACACUCUCUACACUGAGACUCGGGACCGUAUGACUUCUGUGACCUCUUAUGUCUACAAUGGCUACUGUGUAGCUUUUGUGGGUACCAAGAGUGGACGCCUAAAGAAGAUUCGUGUUGAUGGGCCUCCUCACGGUGGUGUUCAGUAUGAAACGAUCUCGGUUAUCAAGGACGGGAGCCCUGUCCUCAGGGAUAUGGCCUUCUCUCUUGACCGCAACUACCUCUACGUCAUGUCUGAGAGACAGGUUACCCAAGUUCCCAUCGAGUCAUGCGAGCAGUACGGGACAUGUGGAGAGUGCCUGAGCUCUGGGGAUCCACACUGUGGUUGGUGUGUUCUUCAUAAUAUAUGCUCUCAAAGGAAUCGAUGUGAACGUGCGGAUGAGCCGUACCGUUUUGCUGCUUCGCUCAAUCAGUGCGUGAAGGCAACAGUGUAUCCGGACAGCAUUGCUGUCUCAGAACCUAGCGUACAUCUGCUAGUGAAGGUGAGCGACGUUCCAGACCUUUCUGCCGGCAUCACCUGCUCGUUUGGCAACUUGACAGAAGUAGAGGGCCAGGUCAAUGGCAACCAGAUACUCUGCAAAUCUCCUGCUGCUAAAGAUGUCCCUCUCAUCCCCACUGACCAAGAUUGGUCAGGCGUUGAACUGAGGCUGAAUUCUAAGGAGACCGGUCAGAUGCUUAUCAGCACAGAGGUCAAGUUUUACAACUGCAGUGUCCACCAACUGUGUCUGUCAUGUGUGAACAGUGCCUUCCGGUGCCACUGGUGCAAAUACCGCAACUUGUGCACCCAUGACCCCUCCAGCUGUUCCUUCCAGGAGGGACGGGUCAACGCUUCUGAGGACUGUCCCCAGCUAGUGCGCUCUGAGGAAAUUCUGAUCCCAGCAGGUGAGGUGAAGCCUAUAACCCUGAAGGCCAAGAAUCUGCCACAGCCCCAGUCUGGCCAGCGGGGCUACGAGUGUGUCCUGCACAUCCAGGGGGUCAGCCACCGAGUCACUGCCCUCCGCUUCAACAGCUCCAGUGUACAGUGCCAGAACAGUUCGUAUCUGUAUGAAGGAAUGAAAAUCAGUGAGCUUCCUGUGGAUUUCUCAGUGGUGUGGAACGGCAACUUUAUUAUUGACAACCCAGAAAAUAUUAAAGUGCACUUGUACAAGUGUGCAGCCCAGCGGGACAGCUGCGGCAUGUGUCUAAAGGCAGAGAGGAAAUUCCAGUGUGGCUGGUGCAGUGGUGAGGGAAGGUGUACACUGAGGCACCACUGCCCCCCCAUCAACCCUUACACGACCCGCUGGCUGAACCUGUCCAGCAAGAAUGUGAAGUGUACCAACCCACGCAUCACUGAGGUGACACCAGUGGCUGGACCCCCAGAGGGAGGCACCCGGGUGACCAUCCAUGGCACAAACCUUGGUCUGGCUUUCUCAGAUAUGGUCGGCAAUGUAGAGGUGGCAGGAGUGAGGUGUACCCCCGUAGAGGAUGGCUACAUCAUUGCUGAACAGAUCGUAUGUGAGAUGGAUAUGGCCCAUGCAGACAGUAUGCCGGGUCCAGUACAGCUCUGUGUCGGAGAGUGCAAACCAGAGCUCCGGGCUCGUUCCUCACAACUCUACUCCUUUGUGACUCCAACUGUCACAGGCCUGUCCCCUAGAAGAGGUCCAGAGUCUGGGGGCACUAAAGUAACUAUAAUGGGAGAAAACCUCGGUGCCGGCAGCAGUGUCAACGUCAAGUUUGGAAACCAGACAUGCGAGUUCUUUGGAAGGACAAAGACCGAGAUAGUGUGCUACUCUGCCCCUUCUCUGUCUGGAGUCGGCCCAGUUCAGAUCAGCGUCAGUGUGGAUCGUGCCCAAAUCAGGGAGAGCCUCACCUUUGAGUACACAGAGGACCCUACUGUACAGCGCAUUGAACCAGACUGGAGCAUUGCAAGCGGUCACACCCCCCUGAUGGUGACGGGAACUAAUCUGGAUGUGGUUCAAGAGCCCCGGAUCAGAGUGAAAUAUGCCGGCCGAGAGUCUGUCAAUGUGUGUAAAGUAUUGAACACCACCAGCAUGAGCUGCUUUGCUCCUUCUUUGAUGGCAGAGUACCAUCCAGGUUUGGACACCGUGAAGCAUGCAGACGAGUUUGGAUUCAUCUUCAACAACGUCCAAGCGCUGCUGGUCUACAACAACACUAACCUACUCUAUUACCCCAACCCCUACUUUGAACCGCUCAGCACCACAGGCAUCCUUGAGCAAAAACCAGGCUCACCCAUCAUUCUCAAGGGCAGAAACCUGGUUCCUCCAGCAUCAGGAGGGGUGAAGCUUAACUACACAGUACUAAUAGGAGAGACUCCCUGUUCUGUCACUGUGUCUGAGAGCCAGCUGCUGUGCGAGCCUCCCAACCUCACUGGGCAAUACAAAGUCAUGGUUCAAGUAGGUGGUCUUCACGUAUCUCCAGGUGCCGUGCACAUCAUGUCUGACAGCCUGCUGACCCUUCCGGCCAUUGUUAGCAUCGCUGCAGGUGGCGGUCUUCUCCUUAUCAUCGUCAUCCUCGUCCUGAUCGCCUACAAGCGAAAAUCACGUGAAAAUGAUCUGACCCUUAAGCGCUUGCAGAUGCAAAUGGACAACCUGGAGUCACGAGUUGCCCUAGAGUGCAAAGAAGCCUUUGCAGAGUUACAGACAGACAUCAAUGAGCUCACCAGCGACCUCGACAGAGCUGGUAUCCCCUAUCUGGAUUACAGAACCUAUGCCAUGAGGGUCCUCUUCCCCGGCAUAGAGGAUCAUCCUGUCCUCAGAGAACUGGAGGUGUCAGGUAAUGGCCAGCAGAACGUGGAGAAGGCCCUGAAGCUGUUUGGCCAGCUCAUCAACAACAAAGUGUUCCUGCUCACCUUCAUCCGAACACUGGAAAUGCAGCGCUCUUUCUCCAUGAGGGACCGCGGCAAUGUGGCCUCACUUAUCAUGACUGCCCUUCAAGGGCGACUGGAGUAUGCCACCGAUGUCCUUAAACACCUGCUGUCAGACCUGAUUGACCGCAACCUGGAGAGCAAGAACCAUCCCAAACUGCUGCUGCGCAGGACAGAAUCGGUUGCAGAGAAGAUGCUGACAAACUGGUUCGCUUUCCUCCUUCAUAAGUUCCUCAAGGAGUGUGCUGGGGAGCCUCUGUUCAUGCUGUAUUGCGCCAUCAAGCAGCAGAUGGAAAAGGGGCCCAUCGACGCUAUCACUGGAGAGGCCCGUUACUCCCUAAGUGAAGACAAGCUCAUCCGCCAACAAAUCGAGUACAAAACCCUGAUCCUAAACUGUGUGAACCCAGACAAUGAAAACAGUCCAGAGAUUCCAGUAAAGGUGCUGAACUGUGACACCAUCACCCAAGUGAAGGAGAAGAUACUGGAUGCUGUUUACAAGAACAUGCCCUAUUCUCAGCGGCCACGUGCUGUCGACAUGGACCUCGAAUGGCGCCAGGGACGAAUGGCUCGUGUGGUGUUGCAAGAUGAAGACAUCACAACUAAGAUUGAAAAUGACUGGAAGAGACUCAACACUCUCAUGCACUACCAGGUGUCGGACCGCUGUGUGGUGGCUUUAGUGCCAAAGCAGACCUCAUCAUACAACAUCCCUUCCUCAGCCAGCAUAUCGCGCACCUCCAUCAGCAGAUACGACUCUUCAUUCCGCUACACCGGGAGUCCAGACAGCCUCCGAUCACGUGCUCCCAUGAUUACCCCCGAUCUAGAAAGUGGUGUAAAGGUUUGGCAUCUGGUGAAAAACCACGAGCAUGGAGAUCAGAAGGAAGGAGAUCGUGGCAGCAAGAUGGUCUCUGAGAUUUAUCUGACCCGACUUCUAGCUACCAAGGGUACACUACAAAAAUUUGUUGAUGACUUGUUUGAGACGUUGUUCAGUACAGUCCACCGAGGGAGCACCCUUCCCCUGGCCAUCAAAUACAUGUUUGACUUCCUGGAUGAGCAGGCAGACAAACACGGCAUUCAUGAUACAGACGUACGUCACACAUGGAAAAGCAAUUGCCUUCCUUUGCGUUUCUGGGUAAAUGUGAUCAAGAACCCGCAGUUUGUCUUUGACAUCCAUAAGAGCAGCAUCACGGACGCCUGUCUGUCUGUAGUAGCGCAAACCUUCAUGGAUUCUUGCUCCACCUCAGAGCACCGCCUGGGCAAAGACUCUCCAUCAAAUAAGCUACUCUAUGCUAAAGAUAUCCCCAAUUACAAGAGCUGGGUAGAGAGGUACUAUGCCGACAUCAACCGGCUGCCAGCCAUUAGUGACCAGGACAUGAAUGCCUAUUUGGCAGAACAAGCCAGACUCCACUCCACAGAGUUCAACAUGCUCAGUGCUCUCAACGAAAUCUAUUAUUACGUCAGCAAAUACAGUGAAGAGAUCACAGCAGCCCUGGAUCAGGAUGAACAGGCAAGGAAGCAGAGGUUGGCCUACAAAGUGGAGCAGCUCAUCUCUGCCAUGUCCUUUGAAAGCUGAGAGUGACUACUACUGAGAGAAAGUGAGAGAGAGAGAGAGGACCACAGUCUUUACGUGACCUACCAAAAAAGGUCUUGCAUUACUUACCUCUCAUCAUGGGAGCUGAAACCAUGAACCAGACCUGGGACCUCUGUAUCUACAGCUGGACAAACAUACAACUGCUUGAGUUUGUAAUUCUCCCACCUCCUUUCAUGACGGUGCCAACGCAGGGCCUGAAGACUGAAACGGAGGCCUCCCUGCAACUGGAUUUGCUUUUGGCAUAAGAGACUAUACCAGAGAAGGCAACGACAUGGCUUGUAUUUAUUUUUUUCCUUUAAUUUUCCACAAAGGACAUCGUCUCUGUUUGACAGGGAAUUGUAUGUUCCGUGAGUGUGUGUGGGUGUGUGCAUAAAAGUGUGGGUGUGCAUGAGUGUGUGUUUGUGUCAUACUGAGGAAGACUCCUACAAGAAAUGGAGAAACAGAUUUAUUCUCUACCAACUCACGGCUAAGUGUGAGGUGGAGAGAAAAAGGCGAGAAGUAGAAGAGCAGAUCUCAUGUUGGACAGCUGAGAUUGCAUUCAGAGUUCUCAGAUUUUAUUUUUGUACUUUGUACAUUUGAAUAUUAUCAGUUGCAGUUCCAAAAUAUCCACCUCGGAUCCCAAAAGUGUUGCUGUGUAAAGAUGCAAAGCGCGUAACACCACUUUAGAUUAGCGUGAUAAUAAAACGGGCCAUGACUCGUGUCUUCUCUCACUCCUCUCCUUGGACUGAAGCUUCACGCUACAUGGACAAAGCCUCUGGUCUUUAUUUAAUCAGAUAUGUAUAGGAAAUCAUAAAACAUGUGGCCAUCACAUAAAAGUUGGUGGUCACAGUUAAGCCAGCAUGCUUGCACCUAAACUGAAGAUGAUGGAGAUGAAAUCUGUAGUGUAAUUAGGAGGUGACCUCAGAUAAGCAUCACUCUGGUAUCAAAGGCUCUUUACAGCAGUUAGCUCAUCUGUGUAUGUACCAGUUGAUACUUGCCAAUCAUUGUAUGUGAAUGUACAAAUUUUUGUUUUUUCAUUUUGUAUCUUUGUCUGUCUGUUUUAAGUUUUACUACAAAAAUUGGCUCAUUUGAAUUGAGCUUCAUAGAUAUUUCCUGUAGCUUGUUGUGUGAAAAACUCAAUUUUGUUCAUCCUGGCCCUGUUCCAUCCAACUGCUUCAUUUGGCCUAAAUCGCUUUCCUUCUAAAGAAGAGUGUGUAUCGUUAUAGUGUCUGUUAAUGCUGCAACUGUAAAGCCUGUGGCGUAAGCUGCAGUAUCCAGAGGUACAGUGGCAGUUUGAAAAGAGCAGGUAAAAGCAGCUGGUUUCUGUGCUCACAUUUUAUGUCCACUUUUUUUAUCUUUUCGGGACCUCGAUCAACCUUUUGUGUAAUUUGCAUGCAUGGUGUCACACAUCAAAAGUGUUUGAGGGUCCGUCUUUUAUUUUUCUCAAGUGCCAAUGAGUCACACUUUAGUUGGCCAGUUGAAAUGUUAGCUGAUGGAAGAUCUUACCUAACCACCACAUGUCUUCGCACAGAUAAUAAGAAGUCUGCGUGGGCCUAGUUUGACUAAGUGCCAAAAGAUCCCGGUGUUUCAAAUAGUUCACAAAUGUAUCACAAUCGGUUUAUGCUUUACAGAGGAAGCAACACUCGCAUAUUUGAGUGUAUAUUCAGUUAAAACAGAAGAUUUAAAAACUGGAAUGGUGAGUUUUCAAACUCACAAAAGGUACGAAACAUAAGCAGAAAGGGGGGGGGGGCUGAGAAUAAGAAGAAAAACAGAGAGUUAAAGUGUGUUUUGUGUCAUGUGAUGCAUCUCCUGACUUGAACCAAACAUUAACAAGCUUAGAAGCUAACUCUCCAGACUUUAGCUGGAUGACAACAAACUGUAGAUUUCAUCCUCUGGAUAGGUUAUUUCAUUUCUUCCAAAAUAUAUAUUUGCUUGUUGUUUACAUCAAGUACUUGAAAAAAAAGGUAGUAGUAAAGAGUUGUACCGUGUACUGCAAUUGUGUGUGUUGAGAGCAUGGUAAAGGUGGGUGAAAGGUGCUUCUUUUCUCUGUGGCCUUAGAUACCCACCUGCUUAGUGUUCCCAUACCUAUUAGUUCUCGUCUAGGGCACCGUCCUUUCAGUGCUUCAGAGCCCUUUAGGGUUGUUUUCUCUCUCUCUCUUCUCUUUUUUUUCUGUCUUCUUUUUUUGGUACUGUUACCUGGCCCUGGCACUCGGCUGAGAACUGUCUUAGCGAGAUGAAGUAAAAGGAAAGGUGAAGAGGCUGUGGCCUUGCUAAAGUAGACGUUGCCUCGUGCAGUACUCGGCAUCUUGAGCUGUUUGAAGAGAAGUCUUGAGAAAUGAGGAGCAAUGGAGAGGUAGAAAGAGUGAAAACCCCUUUAGCUCUAGUUUCCUACUCCAGCUUUGAAGCUUCUCUUUGAUCUGAGUCAGUUGUGUUCACAGUGUGAUCAGGAGAUGUAAAGAAAAAAAACAUCAAACUAACAGGCAGGAGAAAUGCAGGCUGAGGUGACGACUGAGUGCUAUGACUUUACCCGACCAGUGGGGGCAGAACUACGAAAGGCCAAUUCAUCUGUUCAUUCAUCUGAAAAAGCAGCUUCUUACAGAAGUGCUUUGCCAACACAAAAGAGAAGAUAUUAGAUAACUUAUAACAUAACUGCCUUAGUCGAGUUUGACUUUCUUAAACUUUCUUAUAUUUUUUUUGCUUUUUUUUCUUUGCAGUGAACACGACAUCGAUUUGAAAACUUUGUAUGUUUUUUUGCAAUAAUUUAUUUCACUUUAUUUUGAAAGUGCGAGAACUGAUCUUUUAGUAAUGAAAUCUGUUCAUGAUCAUAAGAUCAUAUUCUUGAACUUAGGAGAUCCAUAACGUUUAAAUUGUAAUGCCCAGAUCUAGUAACUAUUGAUAAUGUUAAAGUUUUGCCAUAAGUUAUUUAGUUUUUCUGUGUUUUGUGAACGCAAUACACUUCUGAACCUUCUUGCUACUUAAUCCUCUGCUCAACAUCUAUAGGUACACAAUUCCGCACACAGUACAGACUCAAAGCAGAAAUCUUCUUCCUUUUGAUUAAGGUGUCUUCCCAAUUUCAGCGAAUAGAAUUGUAUCCUCCUCAUACCUCACAUUGCUUUUAUGUAAGUAAUGCUUUUUAUCAUUUUAACAGGACCUAAAUGCCUUUUCCUUCUCCAAGGAAUAAAAUGUAUGUUUAUUACAGUCCUUCCAACUCUUAGAUGAGCUCGCCCUAUAAAGAAUAGUGAUUAACAAAAUCAGGCAGACAAGUUGGUGAAGAAUGGCUUUGAUUUUUUUUGUUUAUUUUGUCUUUGUGUGAGAUUUUUUGCAUGCAUUACAAUUUAUGUUUUAGUUAUGCCUGGUAUUCCAUAUCGACCCGCACCAUCGUCAGUCUAAUGGCAAUUCUUCCAUUUGCAAAUGUCUUAAAUCACAGCUGAAUGCACCUUUUUUGUGAAAGAGAUUUUUUUGUUACUAAAUAAUAGCUUGUUUCCAUGCUGUAUGCUCAUUUCUAGAAACCUUUUUAAUUCAGUUUGAACUGAGAAGAAAAGAAGUUUGUUUACUCUUUCUGCAGUGCAGAAUCCCAUUUGACUGCCAGUUGUGUGAUAUGGAGAGAUGCUCAUGAACACAACCUCUUUUCAGAUGAAGUUGAUUACUAAUUGAAGAUGCUUUGUGCUCUUUUUGGCUCCUGGUGAAGUGUGCUGCCGAAGAGAUGGUGUCGUGGUUUCGACUGGCGCAUGCCAUUCCUUAUACAGAACAAAGAAUUAAAUUAGCAUUUCUUGUGUUUGCUUUUUGGCAUCAGACAGGAACUGAAAAAUCCAGAUCAGUGUAUUGCUCACCACGUAUUAAAUGAGUAUCCUUCCAUUAUAAACACAUUGUAAACAAACCCUUUGUAGACACUGGAGUUCUGUAAAAUAGUAAUUACUGGCGAUGAUGAUGAUUAUAAUAAUAAUGGCUGUCUGUUCUUGUUUUAUAAAAGUGUUGUGAAAAAUUGUAAGAAACUUAAAAUAUUUAAAAAGGUUGUUCUCUUGUUUUUUAUUUGCUUUGAUUUUGUUAUGAUAAUAUAUUAUUGUGUACCUAAUGUAAAUAUGAAGCACACCUAUUUUGCAAGCCAAGGAUUCACUUUGUACUGUUGUUAUAUAUAAAUAAACUUUGCUGGUUAAAAAUUGCGUAGAACCAAAA